AGAAAAACAUGGCUGACAAACAUGACAGUUCGUCUGCCCAAAGUGGACAAAAAGUAGUGUCUAUGAAAAUAUUCGCUUCAGUUGAGGUUGAAAAAUCAUCCCCCAAUUGUGUUCCUAGAAAUUGUAGUUUACGUCUUACUAGAUUGAUGGUUCUGAAGCCUUUAGAAAAUGAGCUGACAUCAGUGAUAAUAGCUAUGAAAAUGCAGAGUUCCAAAAGGGUUCUGCGCUCAAAUGAAAUUGAGAUGCCAAUUUCUGGAAUAGCAGAUGUUCCGUUAGAUAUAUCUUUUAGUCUUCAGUAUCCCCAUUUUCUGAAGAGAGAUGGCAACAAGCUGCAAGUGAUGCUUCAACGAAGGAAGCGCUACAAAAAUCGGCCCAUUAUAGGCUACAAGACCCUGGCAAUUGGGCACCUGAACAUGGCUGAGGUGCUGCAGCACUCUUCCAGCAAGGAGCUGAGCCUGUACACAGACGGUAAGGACCACAAGAUCCUCGUGGCCAAGGUGGGUAUGCUCAACAUCUCCAGUACACCCAUCGACAAGGAGGAGAACCAGAAUGGACGAAGGAAACCUGGCGCCUCUGAUGUUGAUCGCUCACCUGACAUCGAUGCAGACUCUGAAGAAGAUGAGAAUGAGGAGGAGAACUGGUCCAAUGACGAGAUGUCAGACAGUGAGCCUACUAUGCUGGAUGAUGGACAUUUACGCAAGAGGGGCGUUGGGCGAUCCAAAGUCAGGCCCACAAUGAACAGGCAAAGGAAUCUGAAACAGAAGUUUGUGGCACUAUUGAAAAGAUUUAAGAUAUCAGAUGAGGUCUUGGACGCGGAAGCCGACAAUGUGUUAGGGGAUGGUGGCAACCCUGGCGAUAUAGAAGACCUCAUUGAGCAGUUGGAGGACCUCAGUGACAGUGACCCUGACCUGGACACCAUGAGUGUCAUGUCCACUCCAAAACCAAGGCUCAGACCUUUCUUCACUGGAAAAGGCAGUACUCAUGACAUAGAUUGUCAGAGUCUAACAGAGGAUACUUUACGAGCAAAUGUAAACAGUGACGACAGUUCUAAUAGCCAAGCCGAACGCGACACAGAUCCUGAAAUAUUAGAGGCUCCCAUGUCCACUAGUUUAGACGUUCCAACUUGUAGGGAACCAGUAAAAUCAGAGCCUUAUAAGCGUAACUCACACCCGCAAACACUGAGCACUCUGCAGAAACCCCCGAUACAACGUGAGCGGAGCACCUCAUAUAAGGAGAAGGCGGAGAAAAAGUCAAACCGUCCUUUGGAUCGUUGCAAUAGCACUGGCUGGGUAGACCAGUCGCCCCGUAAAGUGCUGCUGGACCAGCUGAGCUCAGUUCUGGGGGCCUCGGACGACAAGCUGCCCGACAGCCUCUUCCUGGUCAACACGGCAGACUGGCAGGGCCAGCUGCUGGUACAGAAGCUGCAGGAGAAGCCAUUGAGAGUUAUCUGUACAUGUUCAGAGGCAGAUGUGCGGGCAGCAGUCAACGGCAUCGUCUCAAAGAUUCAGAAGUUUUGCAAUUUCAAUUCUCGUAGUCCCCAUGCCAUAAAGCUUGUGAUAUCUGGUGGUGACUCCUACAUCAACUCUGUAUUGCGGCCAUAUGUCGAGCAGUUUGCAGCCAAAUCACCAGACUGGCAGAACUAUGUGAAAUUUCUAGUCAUACCACUAGGCUCCAGUAUGCUGGGCAAGUACCUGGCACAUAUAGACAGCACUUAUGGCAACUUGUUCAUGGAUUACGCCUGGAAGGAAACCUUUGACAAGACAGAAGUCUCCAAACUAGAGUCUCAAGAAGUGUACAAUCGUGUGUCCAAGUAUCUGAGCACAGCUGGAGGAGUGACACAGAUACCCAUAGCAGAGGCAAUGGUCAUGUGUAAAGGGAAAGGGAGUGAUGAAGAAUCAAAUCAAGUCUUUGUGCCAUUCUUGUGUGAGGUGAAGGUGGGCAAUGUAGAGCUGAUGAUGACCAGCAUGGACCUCGAGGAGCAGGCCCCCCAACAGCCGGGCACCCUCUCCAGCUCUCCACCACAGAAUGUGCUCACUGUGGAUAAAUUGCUCUCCACACCGCCCAACACGCCCAACGUCUCUGCCAUCACACCUUUCACUGGGCUGACUCCUCCCUCUGCCAGUGUGCCCCAGUCUCUUGCAGGCCGAGAGUAUGUGGAGCUGCAGGUGGACUACUGGACCGGCAGCAACAAACCAGAGUCCACUGACAAGGUAGACAAAUCUAGCAAGAAGGACAGCAAUAAAGUCUCUCUCAAGUCGGCGUUCAAGUACCUGCAGGUCAGCCGUAUAGGCUCCACGGCCCCUGUACACCCCCUGGCUGAUAAUCAGACGUUCCCUUUCCAGUUGACUGUAGUGACGAGGGAGAAAAAACAGAAAAUUCGCAUUGGUAAAAAGUCAAAAGAAGCGGAGAACAAGACUGCCAUAUAUGAGGGAAUAAGCCGUUUAAUAUGUACUUCAAAGACCCUAAAUCACUCCCUUAAAGUGACUGUAGAUGGAGUUGACUGGCCCGGGGUGAAGUUUUUCCAGCUGUCCUCACAGUGGCAGACCCAUAUAAAGCAGUUCCCAGUGUGUGUGUUCAUCAAUGAUAACACGCAAGUCACAUGACGGCAGGCUAAACCACAGUGAUCUUGUUGUCAAUAAUGGCUAAUGGCGUCCACCUUGGUGCAAUAUUUAUUGCCAACGUAGCUGUAUUCAGUUUGCACAGGGGCCAAGUGAUGAUGUACAAGUGUGUACUGUACUAUGUGGUUUGAUGUUUUGACCUGUGGAACGAUGUUUUGUUGGACAUUUACCUGUAUGUGCAAUGAAUCAACCUGCAAUUACCUUUGUAAAAAGAUUCAGACAAUUCUGUGUUCUGUUCCAAAAUGUGCUUUUUGUAUUAAUUAAUUACUUACAACUUGUACACCUUUAAGCAUUUAAUAGUUUUAUAUUGAAUUUCACUAGUAUUAUUUUUCUGUCCCAAUUUUAUAUUUAAAAAAAUACAUAAAUCAAAUGACAUUCAGCAAUAAAUGUAAAAAAAUAUCAUAUGGCUAGUUAAAUGUCAUGAACUUUGCAUCUCAUGUAAGUGUUAGAUUUACAUGAUAUCCAAACAAAGUUUGUAUUGAAUAUCCAAUUCGACUUUGUAUAAGCAGAGACUACUUGCCUGUAAAUGAUAUGAUAUUACUGUAGCUUUAAAUGUUGUUCAUCAUCGUCUUCCGAAUGUAUUGCUAUAGUUGAUAUAACAUAAAGGACCCAAUAAAAGACGGGAUCUUCCGAAAAGUUAAUAAUUUUGCCAAAACAAGGACAGUUCUUAUCGUAGAUAAGAAUAGUAGCUUAUUCUGUGUAUUGGAGAUGUCAUAAUAAAUAUAUGUCUUCAGAUAAGAACAGAUUUGGAAGAAGCAAGUUUGUGAGAAAGUUUUUUUGUCACUCAGAGUUCAUAUUUCAUAUAUAUGUUAGUUAGCGAACCAACUUUUUGAUUAAUGAAGUUAUUCAAUUCUAUCAGAGUAAAUAAAUUUUUCAGAAAUGCUUUCUCAAAGUACAAUGAAUAUGUUAAACAAGGAAUCAUGUGAUAACAUGGGCUGUAUCCAAAAGACUAAUAAUGAUUAAAUUGCUCAGUGACUCGUCUUGUACCUUUAUUGUUUGCUAUAAGAAUAACUAAUUUUUCUACAUUACAAGACAUCCAUUUUGCAAUUGUUUUAGUUUUAAUUACUUUACCUGUUCUGUUGGAAAAUGCCAUGAAUUGUUAUCAUAACACAUCCUUGAUUAUCAAAAUCCCUGGCCGUUGCAUUUUCAACGAAAACAGUUUGCAUUAUUCACCAAUGUUUGUAAUACGCAUUGUUUUAUUGUACUUAAUCAUAGGUUUAUUCCAAUCCAUGAAAUCUUUGUAAUAAAUUCACUAAACAUUUAUUUACAAUUUUAUACUUAUUUCUGUUGCAUUUCACAAAAUUUCUACAUAUCUUACUAAUAUCAAUUGGCCAUUAGUUGAAUUUUGUAGAGCUUGGUUGUGGAAAGCUUGGUAUAGCAGUCACAAAGGUCCAAUGUAUGUGUAUGCUUGCAUUUGAGGGGCGCUUUGUGAAAAAGGGGUUUAAUGCAUGUGCAUAAAAUGUCCUCCCAUAUUAACUUGUGCAGUCUGCACGGGCUUAUCAAGGACGACAUUUUCCGCUUUUAUGGUAUUGUUGAUUUAAAGUUUCUUUUUCACAUAAAUCCAGUUUAGGCAGAAAGUGUUGUUCCUGAAUAACCUGUAUGGACUGCACAGGCUAAUCUGGGACGACACUUUACACACAUGAAUUAAACCCACUUUUCACAGAGAACAGCCCAUUUGUUUAUACAUCUGGGCUUGUCUGGACUUAACUUUGUCAUUUAUUGUGCAAUUUUACAAUGACUUUCCACAAAUGUUCAGUAUUGUGAGACAACAUUUUGUGGGUAACAUCUUUCUCCCUCCCCAAAAGGUCAAGGUCACACUUUGUGGUCAUAUGUCAAAUUGAGCCUUAAAACAGCUUGUCUGGACUAUAACAUCAUGGCAAUUUUGAAAAAAUUUGCUAAAAAUGUUCACCAUGAGGAGAACGUUUGUCACCACUUAAGCCAAGGUCAAGGUUACACCUUAGGCCAAAGGUAUAACAUGUGGAUGCUACAGCUAGUUAAUUAAUUUCAAUCAUUAUUGACAAUGGACUUAAGAUGUAGCAGAUAGGUAAGUUGUAUGUUAGAAGAGCUUUGUGAACAAAUGUUCGUGUAGAAAUCUCUGUUAUAUGAAUGUAUAAGUCUGUAUCUUUGUUUGUACUUUUAGUUAUUCUGCUUUUAUUCUUAAGUUUUAUGAAUUUUGUUAUUUAGUUAUUAUGCUAUGUUUUGUUCAACUGUGAUACUAUGAUAUUCUUAGUGUAUACUUAUUCAAAUGUAGGUUAGAAAGCAUGUAAAAGUACUUAAUCAUUUAAGCUGCAGUGUGAAUUUUGUUACAUCUUUUUAUUGUGUUUUAAAAUUAGAGCAUGUAAUUACACUGCAACAAAGAUAGGUUAUUUUCUGUUUUUAUUGGUUAUUUUAGGUUAUUAUGUUUGUUCCUUUAUGAUGUUUAAAUUCUCUUCUGAAACUGAGUAUUCAGUUUUACCAAACAUGCAUUGAUGCUAUUCGUUUUCCAAAGUAAUGUCUAAUAACUCUGACUCAGUAGAUAUUCAGUUGUUUGAUUAAAGUAUUUUAGAUUAGUUUUGAAAGAAUGUUGCAAGUAUUUAACAAAUUUCAUGAAGAUAUAACUUUUAUGUUAUUGAAAUUCUUAGAAGUUCUUAUCAUGUUGGAUGCAACUUGUCUAUCUCCCAGAUCAAUGUACCUGACAUUUACGAACUGUAUGCCAUAUUAAAUUUUUGACCAGGUUUUCCGAAGGAAAAAACUGGUUAAUAGAUUGGCGAAUGUCGGCAGGUGGGCUGGUGGGCCAAACAAGCUAGUCCGGGCCAUAACUUUGUCGUUCAUUGUGAGAUUUUAAAAUCAUUUGGCACGUUUGUUCAUCAUCAUUGGACAGUGUGUCGCGCGAAAGAAUUACGUCGAUAUCUACAAGGUCAAGGUCACACUUUUUAUUCAAAUUUCAAAAAUGGCCAUAAAUGAGCUUGUCCGGGCCAUAACUAUGUCGUUCAUUGUGAGAUUUUAUCUCCAAGGUCAAGGUCGCCACGACUAAAAAUAGAUCAAUUUUUUUAAACAAGGAUAACUAUGAACAAUCAGUAACAAUGCACAUUUUGAGUAUCCCUUUACCAGAUUAUUUUUUUCAAAUUGAAAUUAAGUUUGCCACGAGUAAAAAUAGAUUGAGUUGAAACAAGGGGGGUAACAAUACACAUUUUGAAUUGUCUCCCUUUAUCAGACGUUUUUAAAAAUUGAAAACCUGGUUUUGUGACAAUUUUGUCCCUUGAUAAUUAUUGUCUUUUUUUAAACUUGGUUUUAUUUUGUGCAUUUGUUGACUGCAUACAUAAACCAGUGUCAUGUUCAGUGUUAUACUUUCACAUAAAUGUAAUUAUAUUCCAAAAUUUGUAAAUUGAAAUUGUUACAAUAUAUUUGCAAAGCAUUCAUGCAUAGUUUGAAUCAUAUUUGUUGGAUUAUAAAGGGUUAUCCUUGAGUUUACUGCACUUAAUAAUCAGUUUUGAAACAGGCAAUAUUAUACAUGCAUUUCCAGAUGCACCAUAUACAGUAUUUUUGUUUUAAGUCAUAAUUGUGUUCAGAUAUAUGGACUUUGUAUUUUUCAUUGUAGUUGUAAAUUGCAUGUUUUCAGUAUUUAAAUCCCGGUAUAUCAAAGUAGCAUUCUACUUGUUUGUAACAAUCAUGGUAUUUCAGCAGUUAUUCAAUGUUAACCCAUUAAAAGUAUCUGAAUUGUG